AUGCACGUUGCGGUUUCUGCUCGUUUGCGCGUGGUUUCACGUACCCUCCCCACAGAUCGCUUGCGAUCUGCUUUGAGAACAGGAGUAGAUAGUAGACGCGUAGCGCUUCUGAGAAGUCGCUCUGGGAGUUUGACCGUUGCGAGGCGAGAGACAGGGCUUGGCUGUCACCGUUUGCUCUCAGCCGGAUCGUUUCGUAUCUGCGGCGUGCCUGUCGCAUCCGCGCCGACUCGGCUCAGCUCGCGACUCGAAUCGUCGUCAACGGUCGCACGGGCCAUGGCGACAGGCGCGGAGGGCGGCGGUCUGAUCGACCGCGCGGCGACGGUGGAGGAGGAGGAGUUGCUCGAGUCGUUUUCGCUCAUCGCCAGCAUUGACAAGGCCUGGUGCCGCGUGUCGCCCGUCGGCCAAAAUGCAGGACCCAAGGGCAAGGGUGCUCCAGGCAAGGCGAGUCUAGACGUGACGGUGCAGAUGAGUCAGAAGAACCUGCCAGCGAACGCCAUGCGCAAAUACCUCUCCACCGUGCACGUGCCCGACCCCCAAGGCGACCUCUCCUCCUUCCACUGGUCGCCCUUCCCCACCGAGCUCACCGGUGUCACCCUCAUUGCCCCCUCCCCCUCGGGGGGAAGGCUGCUGGUGGUGCGCAAUGGGGAGCCGGGCGUGGGGGGGAAGGAGGCCGGAGCGGUGAAGCUCGAGGUGUGGGGCGCGGGGCGGCUUCUGAGGGAGGUGCAUGUGCCGGCUACUGUUCAUGGGGGGGUGUAUGCCGAUGGAUGGUUUGAGGGUGUGUCAUGGAAUGAGGACGAAACCUGUGUUGCCUACGUGGCAGAAGAGCCUGCCCCACCCAAGCCUGUCUUCGGCCAGCCUCGGCAGCCUGCUGCCACGUCAGCCGCCCAGCACCCCCCUGCCGCACCUGCCGGCCCGGCUCGGGGCAGGUUCGGAGCUGCAGCUGCAGCGGCGCCAGCUCCGGUGGGAGGUGCGGGGAAGGGGAAGAACGGGGCAGCGGAGGCAGGGACGUGGAAGGGCAAGGGGGAGUGGAUGGAGGACUGGGGUGAGAGAUACGCGGGGAAGCCUCGGCCUCUGCUGUUUGUUCUCAACACUGUCAGUGGUACAGUGCAGGCAGUGGAGGGCAUCCCAGGGGACAUCAGUGCGGGGCAGGUGGUGUGGGCGCCAGCAGUGGAGGGGCAGCAGCACACGCUGCUCUUUGUUGGCUGGUCCGCCUUCCCUUCCAACUUCAACACGGCCCGCCGCCUUGGCAUUGUCUAUUGCGCCAACCGCCCCUGCCACCUGUUUGCUGCUCAAGCGCCCUCCCAAGACCCUGCUGGGAAGAAGCCAGGCAGUGGCAGCAGCAUUGUGAAGCUCACUGCCGGAAUCAGCAGCGCCUUCUCACCCCGCUUCAGCCCUGACGGCUCUCUGCUGGUCUUCCUCUCCUCGCACGCAGCAGUGGACAGCGGCACUCACGGCGCCACCAACUCGCUGCACUCGCUGCUCUGGCCCAAGGAGGGCAUCUCCUUCCCCCACGCCCCUCCUGCCGACCCUGAAGAAGACACCCGAUCUGGGCCGUCUGACGUCCCCGCUAUAGACAUCCCCAUCAACAGCAUAAUCAGUGUGGUGGCGAGGGCGGAGGAGCAGGGGGGCUUCCCAGGGCUGUACGCUGCUGGAGCGAUAGCCAACCCGUGGCUGGCGGAUGGGCGCACGCUGCUGCUCACCACGGCUUGGAGGAGCACACAAGCGAUCAUCUCCGUGCAUGUGGAGAGUGGCCGAGUGUCCCGGCUGACCCCUGAGGGCCCCAUCUCGUGGGUGCUGCUGGAUGUGCGGAACAAUGUGGUGGUGGCGGGCGCCAGCACCCCAGCGUGCCCCACAAAGCUCAUGCUGGGGCGGGUGAAUGCAGGGUGGCUCAAGCAGGAGGGGUGGUUGUGGUCCGAGAUCUCCCCUCCGCAUGUCGAGUAUGCCGAUGCGGUGGAGAAUGCACUCAAGUCAACAGAGUUUGAGGUCAUCCCCAUUGUACCGUCUGUCUCCAAGACUCAGGGUCUCACUGAAGGCGCCAAGCAGCCGUUUGAAGCCAUUUUCGUGAGAAGACAGCCCGAAGCCGCUGCUGCUCCCCCACCGGCUGGGAGCAAAGUAGCACCUGCCCAAGCUGCUCCUGCUGCGCUGCCCCCGCUGCUGGUGGUGCCGCAUGGGGGCCCCCACGGCGUCAGCACGACCAACUUCGUGAUGCCCUAUGCGUACCUGUGCGCCCUGGGCUACGCUGUUCUUCAUGUUAACUACAGGGGCUCACUUGGGUUUGGAGAGGAGGCGCUGCAGUCCCUUCCGAAACACAUUGGGCGGCAGGACGUGGCUGACGUGUUGGAGGCAAUCGAUCGGGUGGUGGAGCUGGGAUACGUGGACGCUGCCCGCAUGGCUGUGAUUGGUGGAUCGCACGGUGGCUUCCUUGCCGGGCACCUUAUCGGGCAGGAGCCCGAUCGUUUCCGCACGGCCGUGCUCCGUAACCCGGUUACCAACCUCGCCAGCAUGGUCGGCACCACCGACAUCCCUGAUUGGUGCUUCGUGGAGGCCUUCGGCCAGCCUGGCAUGGCCGCCUUCUCUGAUUCGCCCACUGCCGCUGAGCUCCAGACCUUCCUGAAAGCCUCUCCCAUCACCUAUGCAUCGAAGGUGAAGGUGCCGACUCUGUUCGUCCUAGGAGGGAAGGAUCUGCGCGUGCCCUCUUCAAACGGGCUGCAGCUGGUGCAUGCGCUGCGGGCGCAAGGGCUGGAAGCUAGAGUGCUCAUGAUGCCCGAAGAUGUUCACGCCAUUGAUAAGCCCCAGAGUGAGUUUGAGCAAUGGAUCACCGUGGCUUCCUGGCUCAAGCAGCACCUCUGA